AAGGAGGGUCCAACAUAUUUCCUGCUCCUGGUGCUCAAUGCGAAUAUUUCCGGCGGUUGAAGACGUUGGCGGUUAGGGCUUCCGAGCUCUCACCGAAUCAAAAUCACUAAGAAAUGGGCGGAACACAAUCAGAGAGAGAAGACAAGGUUUCGUUGGAGCUCAGCGAGGAAAUUCUUCAGAGCAUGGAAGUCGGCAUGACCUUCAGAGACUAUAAUGGUAGAAUUAGCUCCAUGGAUUUUCAUAAGACAUCAAGUUAUCUUGUAACGGCUAGUGAUGAUGAAUCCAUUCGCCUUUAUGAUGUUGCCAGUGCAACCUGUUUGAAGACAAUUAACAGCAAAAAGUAUGGGGUUGAUCUGGUUUGCUUUACUCCUCACCCUACAACAGUCAUAUACUCUUCAAAAAAUGGAUGGGAUGAAUCUCUGAGGCUACUAUCAUUGCACGACAACAAGUAUUUGCGGUAUUUUAAAGGUCACCAUGACAGGGUUGUGUCACUCAGCUUGUGCUCUCGCAAGGAAUGCUUUAUCUCUGGCUCUCUGGAUCGAACUGUAUUGCUUUGGGAUCAACGAGCUGAGAAGUGUCAGGGUCUUUUACGUGUACAAGGAAGGCCUGCUACAUCAUACGAUGAACAAGGGCUCGUCUUUGCAGUUGCAUUUGGAGGAUAUAUCAGAAUGUUUGAUGCUCGCAAAUAUGAAAGGGGCCCUUUUGACAUCUUUUCCGUUGGAGGAGAUACAUCUGAUGCAAAUGUUGUAAAGUUCAGUAAUGAUGGGAGACUUAUGCUUUUGACAACUAUGGAUGGGCAUAUUCAUGUGCUUGAUUCAUUCCGUGGCACACUUUUAUCCACAUAUAACGUCAAGCCUGUUUCAAGCAAAUCCACAUUAGAGGCAUCCUUCAGCCCAGAGGGAAUGUUUGUUAUAUCAGGUUCAGGUGAUGGUAGUGUUUAUGCUUGGAGUGUACGGAGUGGGAAAGAAGCUGCUAGCUGGAUGAGUACCGACACUGAGCCUCCUGUCAUAAAAUGGGCUCCCGGAAGUCUUAUGUUUGUAACUGGCUCUUCUGAACUGUCAUUCUGGAUACCGGACUUGUCUAAGUUGGGAGCUUAUGUUGGAAGGAAGUAGAAAAAAUUCUGUCAUCAACGCUUUUGCAAUGUGAAGUGUGAAGCAGUCGAGUGGUAAAUGGUGACCAUUUCUACUUGUCUACUACUUAUUGGUAAGGCUUGAAAUUACAGGCAACUUUCCAGUCCCUUUGUAGAAUUGCUUUGCAGGGAAAAUUAUUGAACAGAGGAAGGCAAAUGUGUUCUGUAUCACAAAUCAUUUUCUAAAUCUGAGGAGUGGAUUGGGUCGGUUGCGGAUCGGGAUAAAUCGCCGUUCCUAGUCUGAUUAGUUCAGGCAUCAAAAAGUCAUUUUUGGAAGCCUUCUAACUUAUAAGUUGUUCAGUUGGACUUAUUGGUGAAUCUAAUUAGACAAGCCAUCAAGAGCACUUCACAAUAUUUUUUAGUUGACAUAUAGGUGUGCUUACAUGUGUUACUGAACCAUUCUUUUAAAUCAGUGGCCACUUCUGUAAGAUCUUAAAUUUGAGGAAGUCUUAAAAUGGGGACACUUUUAUAUUAAACAAUAAAUUGUCCAUCUUAUUUAGAGAACA